AUGCCUGACUUCUUCGAUGGCGCCCCUGCCGACAUCUCUUGGUACCCUCCGCAAACCGACGAACAAAAGCAAAAGCUUGGCGAGUUUUUCCAAACCAAAGCCCCUCCACCAAACACUCUCCCCCGCAUUCCCCGUGUGCUCGAAGAAGCUAACAAGCUGGCCCCGGGCGGCUCGGGCUUUAAAUCCUGGGGGAUCAUGGGAUACUGCUGGGGCGGAAAAAUUGCCUCCCUGGCUUCGGGCAAGGAUACCCCUUUCAAGGCCGCCGUGCAGUGUCAUCCUGCGAUGGUUGAUCCCAAAGACGCGGAGAGCGUGACCAUUCCGAUGGCUAUGCUAGCAUCGAUGGAUGAAGAUGCCGACACGGUGUUGAAAUACAAGGAGAACCUCAAAGUGCCAAAUCACGUAGAAACGUGGUCAACGCAAAUUCAUGGAUGGAUGGCGGCCAGGGGGGAUCUAUCCAACCCCGAAGUGAAAAAGGAAUAUGAGAAUGGUUAUAAAACGGCGUUGGCCUUUUUCCACGAACACAUGUAA